GCUCUCUCCUCUUUGGAUAUGGAAGUGGGAAAUCUCACUAUCCUGACCGAAUUCAUCUUGGUGGGCUUCUCAGCAGAUCCCUGGUGGCAGCUGAUUCUAUUUGGAAUAUUUCUGAUGCUCUACUUGAUAACCUUGUUGGGGAACAUGACCCUGGUUAUCUUAAUCCGUAUUGAUUCCCGCCUGCACACACCUAUGUACUUUUUCAUUGGCAAUCUGUCUUUCUUGGAUUUUUGGUACACUUCUGUGUAUACUCCCAAAAUGCUGGCCAAUUGUAUCUCAGAAGAUAAGCGCAUCUCCUUGGCCGGGUGUGGAGCCCAGUUAUUCUUUUCUUGUGUUGUAGCCUACACUGAGUGUUACCUCCUAGCGGCCAUGGCGUAUGACCGCCAUGCCGCCAUCUGUAACCCACUAAUUUAUUCAAGUGUUAUGUCCAGUUCUCUCUGUACUGCACUCGUUGCUGGCUCCUACAUAGGAGGGCUCUUGAAUGCCAUAGCCCAUACUGCCAACACUUUCCGCCUGAGUUUCUGUGGUAAGAAUAUCAUUGACCACUACUUUUGUGAUGUACCACCAUUGGUAAAAAUGUCCUGUACAGAUACUCAUGUAUAUGAAAAAGUCCUCUUGGGUAUGGUGGGCUUCACAGUUCUCUCCAGCAUUCUCGCCAUCCUGAUUUCCUAUGUGAACAUCCUUCGUGCUAUCCUGUGGAUCCGCUCGGCCUCAGGAAGACGCAAGGCCUUCUCUACCUGUGCUUCUCACCUCAUCUCUGUCAUGCUCUUCUAUGGGUCCUUGCUCUUCACAUACUCAAGGCCAAGUUCCAGUUACUCCCUAGGAAGAGACAAAUUAGCUUCCCUAUUCUAUACUGUUGUUAACCCAUUGCUCAACCCUCUCAUCUAUAGCCUGAGAAACAAAGAUGUCAAGGACGCCUUAUGGAAAGCAUCGCAGACCAUAAGGGCACGGAGAUGA